UAUCGCCAUCCUUGGCUUCGCUCACAGCUUCUCCUCUCUCUCUCUCUCUCACUACCCCUCCACUACCAUAUAUCCCUUGCUAUUGCACGCUUGCUUCCUCUUCUGUCCAUCUCCAUCUCGAUCUUACACACUCUUGGCCUUUGAUCAGCGAGAGAGAAGGCCAAGAACCACCACCAGCAACAGCACGGCCAGCGUCGGCGAGAGGUUGUGCUGGUGGUAUAGUAGUAGGUCGCCGGCGGUGGGUAUGUCGGGCGAGUUCCAGUUCCAGGACGAGCUGGCGCCGCUGUUCGGGCGCCAGGGGACGACGGCGGAGAUGCAGAUGCCGGCGUCGUGGUUCUCCGACUACCUGCAGGCGGGCGCGCCGAUGCAGAUGGACUACGACCUGAUGUGCCGCGCGCUGGAGCUGCCCGUCGGGGAGGACGUGAAGAGGGAGGUGGACGUCGGCGCAGGCGGCGGCGGCGGCGGCGUCGGGGUGGUGCCGUUGACGCCGAACACGACGUCGUCGAUGUCGACGUCGUCGAGCGAGGGUGGUGGUGGGGGAGGAGGAGGAGGCGGCGGCGCCGGGGAGGAGGACUCGCCGGCUAGGUGCAAGAAGGAGGAGGAAGAGGAGAACAAAGAGGAAGGCAAGGGAGAAGAAGAAGAAGGCCACAAGAACAAGAAAGGGUCGGCGGCGAAGGGCGGGAAGGCCGGGAAGGGGGAGAAGCGGCAGCGGCAGCCGCGGUUCGCGUUCAUGACCAAGAGCGAGGUCGACCACCUCGAGGACGGCUACCGGUGGCGCAAGUACGGCCAGAAGGCCGUCAAGAACAGCCCAUACCCCAGGAGCUACUACCGGUGCACGACGCAGAAGUGCCCGGUGAAGAAGCGGGUGGAGCGGUCGUACCAGGACCCGGCGGUGGUGAUCACCACGUACGAGGGCAAGCACACGCACCCCAUCCCGGCCACGCUCCGUGGCAGCACGCACCUGCUCGCGGCGCACGCGCAGGCGGCCGCGCACCUGCACCACCACCACGGCGGCAUGCCGCCGCCGCCGCUGGGCUCCGGCGCCGCGCAGUUCGGCCGGACUGGCGCCGGCGGCAUCGACGUUCUGGGCUUCCUGCAGCCGCGCGGCGCCCACAACGGCAUGGUCCCGACGACGAUGGGUGGCGCCGCGGCGGCGGCGACGACCCAUGUCCUGACCGGCGCGAUUGGCGGCGGUGGCGGCGUAUCAGGCGCGACGACGAACGCGGUCGCCGUGGCCGCCUCUUCUCCUUCGCCGCCGUCGCUCCAGAUGCAGCACUUCAUGGCGCAAGACUUCGGCCUCCUGCAGGACAUGCUGCUGCCGUCCUUCGUCCACGGCACCAACCAGCCUUGACGCCGCCACCAUCAAUCUGAAGCUUAAUCACCAGACUAGCUAGACAAGAGAUAAUUUGGCUCAUGCUGUUUAAUUAACAUCUCGUUACACCUUUUUUUUCCCUUCCCCCAAUUCACCUCUUCCAUCCGUUUCUUGAUUUGUUUUUCCUCCGUGCUGCGAGAUGGUAGAGAGUUUUCUGGGUCUCGUAUCAUUUCUAUGCUCUAGCUAGCUAGCUAGAUCUUACUAAGUAAUACUAGCAGUUCUUGUACAUGUAAGCACCUAAUUAAUUCCCAGGCUCCGGCAUUGCACCCUGCAGCAUGUUGCAGGACUGACCAUACGAGCCAUGAUAAUUUUAUGCAAAGCUCCUCUUUACAUUAA